UACGGCAGUCGUCAGUCUAUACAGUGCUACAGAGCGACAAUGUUGCUAAUUUUAAUCGGUUUAGUGGCCGCCGCCGGCGCAGCCCCACACUUCCCCUACAGCGAUGGAACAAGCCUAGAUAAUAUGUUCACCGACGAUAUGUUCGGCAUGAACAAUUUCUGGCAACAAUUCAACAGACAAAUGGCGACACUGGAAGAAAGAAUAUCGCAAAUGUCACGAAAUUUACCGCACGUUGUCACAAAGGAGGGAGUCGAGGGUAAUGAGUACAAAAUAGAAAUUCCACUCACUGGCUUCCAAGAAAGCGACAUCUCCGUCAAGGCCAGACCGGGGCUACUGAAAGUUGUGGCGCAGCAUAAUUAUGGUCCCGGAUCAACUAGCAACUAUAUCAUUGCAAGGUCCUUGCCCGAAUUCGUUGGAGCAAACGGCGACUGGACUUACGAAAAUGGCAUCCUCAAGAUAGUAUUCCCAUUGAACAAUAAUCCAAGUGAAGGUUCUGAUCAACAAACUGUUGCGCCUAAUCACAGCCGUGAAGAUAUCGAAACAGACAACACAGACACCGAUGCAAACGCGGAUAUUGGGUUGGAUAAAGCAGGUGAAGACUCUGAAUUAAUCACCAAUGAAAUACCGACAAAGAGACCGGUGGAAGGAACAACGUAUUCCGAGGGAUUGAAGGACGACUAUGAAUUUGUGCCGCUAUCUAGAUACUAAGUUUUGUUAUGGUGAUUCAAAAUUUUAAUUAUAAAAAUUUCAAACAAAAUACAUAUUGUAAUUCCUUAUAAAAGUAUAACAUAUGAACAAAGUUAGUGAAACUGAUUGUGAUAUUAAAAACAUUGUUUAAAAUGUA